AUGUUUCUGAACACACUGACACCAAAAUUUUACGUUGCUCUGACGGGUACCAGUUCUUUUCUCUCAGGGCUAAUACUGAUCUUUGAGUGGUGGUAUUUCAAGAAAUAUGGAACUUCAUUUAUUGAACAAAUUUCUCUUACGCAUAUAUACCCUUUAUUGGGUGGUAGUGAUGAGGAAAAUGAUUGUGAUAGCGUUGACUCUGGUGGUGUUCAUAAUGGGAUCCAAGACUGCAAAGUGUCUCGAAAUCCCUAUAGUCUUUUCCGUGGGGCUGAGUAUCAGAGAGCAGCGAAGGAGUUUGGCCAAGAUCCACUAACCUACUAUGAUAUGAAUCUGUCUGCUCAAGAUCAUCAAACAUUCUUUAUUUGUGAAGCAGAUGCUGGAAAACCUGAAUAUGAAUUGAUGCAAAUGGCGUGGCGGGAAAGAAAUCCUGAAGAACGAGUUAAAAAGGCAAGGGAAGCUUUGGCCAAAAAUCCUGACUGUGUCACUGCUAUGAUACUUCUUGCUGAAGAAGAGUUCUCAUCCGUAGUUGAAGUGGAGAAGACAUUUAAACAGGCGUACAAAAUAACCGAGUCAUCCUUGCGAAAAUCCCAACAGUCUCACUCCCACAAUCCGACACAAGAUGCGAUCUACUUGCGCGAUAUUCAUGCCUUCAUUUUUAUCCGAAGGCGGCUUGCAAUGUGCGCUCGAAAGCUUGGAAAACUGAAAGAAGCUAUAAAAAUUAUGCGUGAGCUCAUACGGGAGUAUCCCAAUUUGAAUCUCUUCAACAUCCAUGAGAAUCUCAUUGAGUGCUACUUGGAAGCGCAGCAGUACGCUGAUGCACAAGCAUUUCUCACCAAAUAUGACGACAUCCAUUAUCCCAAGUCUGCAACCAUCUGUUAUACAGCAGCUCUUCUUAAGGCUCGACAAGUGGCCGAAAAGUUCUCUCCGGACAUUGCAUCCAAACGCGGUUUAAGCAAUGCCGAACUCAGUGCUGUUGAGGCAAUCCAUCGCGCUGUUGAGUUCAACCCACACGUUCCACGGUACUUGUUGGAAAUGAAACCGCUGAUCUUGCCGACGGAGCACAUUCUGAAGCGCGGCGACUCGGAGGCCAUUGCCUACAGUUUCUUCCACCUGGCUCAUUGGAAGGCCGUAGAGGGUGCAUUAAAUCUUCUACACUGCACCUGGGAGGGCACGUUUCGUCUCAUACCCUAUCCUCUAGAAAAGGGCAAUCUCUUUUAUCCCUAUCCUCACUCAACAGAAUCCACUGACCGUGAGCUUUUACCCAGUUUUCACACCGUCUCGGUGUAUCCUAAAAAGGACGUCCCCUUCUUCAUCAUCUUUACGGCCGUGCUGUGCUCACUCACCGCGCUACUGGCCUUCCUCACCCAUGUAUAUCCGGAUCAAAUGGGUUCUUUCUCUAGUCAGGACGGGGGAGAGGUUAAUCGGUGUGUUGGGUACGUUCGCACCACUUGUUGUGCGGCGGACCUAGCAACUGCUUUGAACCCACGACGGGCGCGAAGGCGAGAGGAGUGA